AUGUCCCGCCAUCAUCCCGAUCUAGUCAUGUGCCGCAAGCAGUCCGGCAUCUCUAUCGGCCGCCUCUGCGACAAGUGCGACGGCAAAUGUCCCGUAUGCGACUCGUACGUCCGUCCAACCACGCUCGCCCGCAUCUGCGACGAAUGCUCUUUCGGGAACUACCAAAACAAGUGCGUCGUCUGCGGUGGCGAGGGCAUCUCGGACGCCUUCUACUGCUUCGAGUGCACGCGCCUGGAGAAGGAUAGGGAUGGAUGUCCGAAGAUUAUCAAUCUGGGUAGUUCGAGGACGGAUCUGUUCUAUCAGAAAAAGAAUUUUAGAAAUCAGUGA